CCAGCUGUUCAUAAUACGUUGUCUGUCUCCGACAGGUUGAAGGAUGGCAAGAAAGUGGUGGAGUCAGACAGGAUCAAGUUCAAGAAGGUGUCUGACUGUCUCUGGACUCUCAACAUCAACUCUAUGCAAAUGGAUGACUGUGGAUGCUAUACGGUGGUGGCGGCGAACUCCAUCGGGCAGGUGUCGGAGUUCUUCAACCUGCAGACGGACGCGGCGCCCCAGAUAACGCGAGGCCUCGACCCUGAGACGGAGAAGAAGCUCAGCAAUGACCUGACCUUGGAGGUCAGGGCUACGGGCUCCCCCCAGCCUGACGCCCGCUGGUUCAAGAACGGGAAGGAGAUUAUGGGAGACGAGAAGUUUAAGAUGAUCAGAGAUGAGUCCUUCUACACACUCAAGAUUCGUCGGCUGGAGAGGAAAGAUAAAGGCACUUACAAGUGUGAGCUCACCAACACGAGCGGGUCAGUCUCCACUGAGGGAGAGCUGACAGUAAGAGCCCCGCCAGACUUCAUCACUCCUCUGAAGGACGUGUGCGCUAAGGAAGGAAGCAAAGACGCCAAACUCUUCGUCGAGUGGGAGGCCAAUCCCAAGCCCUCUGUCAAGUGGUUCCUGAACGACAAGCCAAUCAGAGAGGAGACGCCUGGGUACACAAUCAGAGGUCAGGAGACCACUCAGAUUCUCACUAUCAAUGAAGCCACUCCGGACUUCGUCGGUACAUAUACCGUCAAGGCAAGCAAUGAGUAUGGAGAGAGCGUUUGUAAGGGGCGCUUCCGGCUCCACGAAGCUCCAGCGAUUACAGAGGGACUCAAGGAUGUAGAGUUCCUGGAAGACACCGCCGCUAAGUUUACCUUCAAGGCCACCGGUAUACCACUGCCAGAGAUCAAGUGGACGAAAGAUGGCAAGAAGUGGUCUCCAGAUGAGCGCCGCGUCAAGCUGAAGGUGGAGAACGAGGACACCUUCAGCUUGGUGUUUGAGGAAGCCAAACCCGAGGAUUCCGGCUUGUACGUCGCCACGGUGUCCAACGUCGAGGGUUCGACCACCACUGAAGGCACCAUCGUUGUUAACAAACCGACUGAUCAUAGUCGGACAGGGUUCGGUUCCCGGUGUAGCAAUGAACCAAUAGUGGGUGAAGAGAAGCGUCAGACAGUUGAAAAGAGUGUUCUGAAUUGGCCAAACGAUGAUGCGAACCAAUCAGGCGUGGAAUCCGACGGCGGCAGAGACGAUAAAGACCAAUCAGAGCCGGACUUGGGCGUUAAGGGACCAUUAUCACCAGAGACUAAAGGAAAAAGAAAGUUCUCGGUCGAUUCAGACCAGCUAAAGGCAACAGCUAAAGGCAAAGAAAACGACGGAGAAACAGACGAUGGGGAGACUAAAGAAGACAGCAUUGAACCCCCUCAAUAUCUGACGGAGAAUGAACGCGUCCCAACCAAGAAGGCUAAACGCACCCCGGAGACCUGGACCACCACGUCGACCGUCCACACAUCGAGCAAGAUGGAGACCGAGACCAACCUCUCAGACGACCUGGAGACCUCGCUGACGAAGGCUGUCAACGUCACGAUCACCGAAGACACGUCCAAGAGGGACGAGGCCGAGGACGACGAGGAUGACGACGAUCAGAACCGGAUGGUAUUCAGCGGGUCGUGGGACCUGGUGGAGAGAGAUGGACGACCUGGCCUGAGGGUGCUGGCCUCCUGCAGUAUCCACCGUCAGGAGAAUAUCACCAAGACUGUCAUUACUG